AGGAGGACCCACGCUCAGGCUCGCGGCCCUGCACGCGGGGGGCUUAGGCAGCGGCGGGGGGGCGUGCGCCGCCGUCCCUUCCGCCUGGCGGCCCAUGAGGCACCGGACUCUGGCCUCCAGCCCGACCCUCUGGGCCUCCAUCCCGUGCCCACGCUCCGAGCUGCGCCUGGACCUGGUGUUAGCCUCUGGACAGUCCUUCCGGUGGAGGGAGCAUAGCCCUGCACACUGGAGUGGCGUGCUGGGGAGCAGAGUAUGGACCCUGACUCAGACGGAAGAGGGGCUCCACUGCACUGUGUACCGAGAAGACGAAGGCAGGGGUGGCAGGCCGACUCUGGAGGAGCUGAGGACCAUCCGAGAGUACUUCCAGCUGGAUGUCAGCUUGGCUCAGCUGUACAGCCAUUGGAGUUCUGUGGACCCUCACUUCCAAAAGGUGGCUCAGAAAUUCCAAGGCGUGCGACUGCUGCGACAGGACCCCACUGAGUGCCUUUUCUCCUUCAUCUGUUCUUCCAACAACAACAUUGCCCGCAUCACUGGCAUGGUGGAGAGACUGUGCCAGUCCUUAGGACCCCGGCUCAUCCAGCUUGAUGAUGUUGCCUACCAUGGCUUCCCCGGCCUGCAGGCCUUGGCGGGCUCGGGGGUCGAGGCCCGCCUCAGGAAGCUGGGCCUGGGCUACCGCGCGCGCUACGUGUGUGCCAGCGCCCGGGCCGUCCUGGAGGAGCGCGGCGGGCGGGCCUGGCUGCAGCGGCUUCGAGGGGCCCCCUACGAGGAAGCUCACGAGGCCCUCCGGGCCCUGCCUGGGGUGGGCGCCAAGGUGGCUGACUGCGUCUGCCUGAUGGCCCUGGACAAGCCCCAGGCCGUGCCCGUGGAUGUCCACGUGUGGCAGAUUGCCCGGCGCGACUACGGCUGGCGCCCCACCACGUCGCGGGCCAAGGGCCCAAGCCCCCAAGCUAACGAGGAACUGGGAAACUUUCUCCGGAGACGGUGGGGACCUUACGCUGGCUGGGCUCAAGCAGUGCUGUUCAGCGCCGACCUGCGCCAGCCCCGCCGGGCUGCAGAGCCGCCGGCAAAGCGCCGCAGAGCGUCCAGAGACACACGAAUUCCCAGCAACGCCGGCGGCGCACGCCCGUCGCCCUAGCCACUCAGGAGGCCGAGAUCCGAGGAU